UUUGAUUGUCAUCACUCUCACAGUCUCACUCUCUUUCUCACUACUUCAUCUUCUUCCCAACUUCUUGUCUUUAAUGGCUGAAAUCUUAGAACCUUCCCUCGUCGGGGAAAUCGACACUUCGGCGCCAUUCGAGUCGGUGAGAGAAGCCGCCACUCGCUUUGGCGGCUUUGGUUUUUGGAAACCGUCUUCCCUUAACAUCUCCGAAGCUUCUAAUAAGAACGAUGUGGACGAAGCUGGUAUGGUUGUGAAAGCGAGUGAGUUAGAGAAGGAACUAAUUGAAAAAGAAGGAGAAACUUUAAAGGUGUUGAAGUCGCUCGAGUCGACCAAAGCCAUUGUUGAAGAGCUUAAAUCAAAGCUACAGAACAAGGAAGAGAAAGAAAACUUUGACAUGAAUGUUCUCAAGGAACUGAACCAAGCGAAGAUGAAUCUGUGCAAUACAACUAAAGAUCUGGCUGCUAUUCGUGAGUCUGUUGAGUUACUGAACAAGAGACUGGAGGAGGAAAGAGCUGGACUUGACAAGGCACGAGAGAGACUAAACUCUGAGAAUGCUGCUGAAAUGUCCAAAGAGAUUCAGAGAUUAAGCUAUGAGACUAAUGAGUUUUGUAGAACAGGAGAGAAUGUUCGGUGUGCCGUUGAUAAAGCUGUGGUUGAGAUUGAACAAACGAGAAAUAAGAUUGAAGCUGCGGAGAUGCGUUUGAUCGCUGCUAGAAAGAUGAAGGAAGCUGCUAGAGCGGCUGAAGCAGUUGCUAUUGCUGAAAUCAAGGCGGUUACUAGAAGGAGAAGAAGAAGAAGAAGAGGAGACAAUGAGGAGACGCUGCAGGAGGAGAUUCUUGAGACGAUUGAUGAAACAGCUAGAGAAAUUAGAAGCAGCAGGAGGACACUUGAAGAAGGAUUGGAGAAAGCGAAUACCGCGAAAACGGAAGCAGAGGAAGGAAACUGGCAGUGGACAGAACGGAGGAGGAGAUCAUCAUGUUCGGCCAAGCUCAAGAACCCUUUUCUGAUGGAUGUAAAUGGUCUGAAUAUGAUGAUGAACGGUGAUGGGACAUCAUCCUCAGUUGCUGUCAUGAAACCAACAAUGUCUAUUGGGCAGAUACUCAGUAGGAAACUGCUUCUUGCGGAUGAGUCAGCGAUGAUGAUGAAUGGGAGAGUUUCGUUGGGUCAGAUUCUUGGAAAGACUAACAUUAGUAGAGAUAGAAAUGGUGAAGGGAAAGAAAAGGAAAAAAGGUUCAAUGGGAAGAGGAAGAGGUUCGGAUUUGCAAACUUGUCAGUGAUUUUGAACAAAGAGAACAAGAAGAAGAAGAAGAAGAUAGCUUUGAACUUAAUGUAAUAAGUGAGUGAUUGAAAUGAUCAAUCGAAAUCUUAGGAGUUUGUGAGUCUUCUGGUAUCAAGCAAUUGUGUUUGUAUUUGUUUUGGAAGUGUAUUGGACUAUUGGUUCAUGCUAAAUAGUGAAAUGAGAUAUGGUUUGUUUUUCUUUUAUAAAUGAAGGAUAAUAAUAAAAUUUAAUGGA